UAUAAAGGACAAACUGUUCUCUCCACUGGGCCGCACUAAUAACCCACUUCCAAUCUUUAUAAUGACUGAGAAUGGCUAUGAGGAUAACACUGCCUUUCUUGGGGAAUGGGGACCGUUCCAACAGAUGGUGUUCUUUCUCUUAUGUUUGAGUAUCAUCCCUAACGGCUUUACAGGUAUGUCUAUUGUGUUCAUCGGUGAUACACCAUCCCACCAUUGCCUCAUACCCGCAAAUGCGAACAUUACUGGCGAAUGGAGAAAUCACAGUAUUCCUUUGGAGGAGGAAAGCGGGACUGUUGUGCUCAGUAAAUGCGCCAGAUACAAACUCGAUGUCAUACAGAGUUUCUCAGAAAGAGGUUAUGUCCCAGGGAUCGAUGUCAACGUUUCUGAAAUACAACACGAGACCUGUUUGGAUGGCUGGGAAUACGAUCGGGGGACGUACAUCUCCACUAUUGUGUCCGAGUGGGACCUGGUGUGUGCUGAUAAGUGGAAGAACCCAUUGACUUCUUCUGUGUUCUUCUGUGGUGUCCUCACUGGCUCCUUCCUCUCUGGCCAGCUCUCUGACAGGUUUGGGAGGAAAAAUGUUCUCUUUGGCACCAUGGGAGUUCAGACUGUGUUCACAUUUAUCCAGGUCUUCUCUCCAACCUGGGUUGUAUUCUGUGCCUUAUUCUUUGUUGUCGGGAUGGGGCAAAUCUCUAAUUAUGUGGCUGCAUUUGUGCUAGGAACUGAAAUUUUAUCUCCAUCCAAACGGAUAAUCUACUCCACUCUUGGAGUUUGUAUGUUCUACACCAUUGGCUACACGCUCCUUCCAGCAGUGGCCUUCUUCAUCAGAGACUGGAGGAUGCUGAUGCUAGCCCUCACCCUCCCAGGCUUCCUUUAUGUCCCUUUUUGGUGGUUCAUCCCAGAGUCUCCCAGAUGGCUGCUCUCUCAGGGAAGAGUGGAGGAGGCUGAGGCCAUACUGAGAGAUGCUGCCAGGAGGAACAGAGUCACAGCACCAGAGGUCAUCUUUCGGCCUGUACAGUUAGAGCCCAAGGCUGGGAAGUUGGUGGCCCACAACAUCUGCGAUCUGGUGAGGUCCAGCAACAUCCGUUGGGUGUCCAUCACGCUGUGGCUGGUCUGGACCAUUCUGUCCAUCGGGUACUUUGCCUUGUCACUGAACACGUCCAACCUGGCAGGGAGCUCCUAUCUGAACUGUUUCCUGUCUGCUGCCAUUGAGGUCCCUGCCUAUACCAUGGCCUGGCUCAUGGUCCGCUGCUGCCCCCGGCGCCUGUGUCUCUUCUCCACUCUGUUUCUGGGUGGGGUGGUGCUGCUCUGCAUAAACCUCAUACCACCAAAUCUGAGCUCUGUGUCCACUGCACUAGAGAUGCUGGGGAAGUUUGGUGUGACUGCAGCUUUUUCCAUCGUGUACGCCUACACGGCUGAGCUCUACCCCACUGUCGUGAGGAACACAGCCAUAGGGGCCUGUUCCAUGGCCUCCAGAGUGGGGAGCAUCUCUGCCCCAUACUUCAUCUAUCUGGGAGGCUGUUCCAAGUCGCUGCCAUACAUUCUAAUGGGGAGUCUUACAGCUCUGUCUGGGUUGCUUAGCCUCCUGCUGCCUGAGAGCCAUCGUAUGCCUCUUCCAGACACCAUCCCUCACAUGCAGACCUUCCCAGGAUGGAAAAAGAGAUCAGUGUAUAAACUGAGCCAAUCUACAGGAGAGGAAGAUGUGUCCGAUACUUUGUGACAGCUACUGGACACCUCAGUUGUUCUUUCAACAUGUACUUGUAUUACCUACCACAUUGUGUAACUAACCAAGAUGCUUAUAAAGAACUUUUCCUAUGCAUUUUAUAUGUAUGAAGUAUCAGUAUUGUUUUGCAUAUUUUGUACUUAAAGUUGAAGUCGGAAGUUUACAUACACCUUAGCCAAAUACAUUUAAACUCAGUUUUUCCACAAUUCCUGACUUUUAAUCCUCGUGAAACGUCCCUGUCUUAGGCCAGUUAGGAUCACCACUUUAUUUUAAGAAUGUGAAAUGUCAGAAUAAUAGUAGCGAGAAUGAUUUAUUUCAGCUUUUACUUCUUUCAUCACAUUCCCAGUGGGACAGAAGUUUAUAUACACUCAGUUAGUAUUUGGUAGCAUUGCCUUUUAAAUUGUUUAACUUGGCUCAAACGUUUUGGGUAGCCUUCCACAAGCUUCCCACGAUAAGAAUUUAAUUUUGGCCCAUUCCUCCUGACAGAGCUGGUGUAACUGAGUCAGGUUUGUAGGCCAUCUUGCUCGCACACACUUUUUCAGUUAUGCCCACAAAUGUUCUAUAGGAUUGAAGUCAGGGCGUUGUGAUGGCUACUCCAAUACCUUGACUUUGUUGUCCUUAAGCCAUUUUUCCACAACUUUGGAAGUGUGCUUGAUGCUGCCACCCCCGUGCUUGACGGUUGGGAUGGUGUUCUUCAGCUUGCAAGCCUCCCCCUUUUUCCUCCAAACAUAACGAUGGUCAUUAUGGCCAAACAGUUCUAUUUUUGUUUCAUCAGACUAGAGGACAUUUCUCCAAAAAGUACAAUCUUUGUCCCCAUGUGCAUUUGCAAACCGUAGUCUGGCUUUUUUAUGGCUGUUUUGGAGCAGUGGCGUCUUCCUUGCUGAGCGGCCUUUCAGGUUAUGUUGAUAUAGGACUCAUUUUACUGUGGAUAUAGAUACUUUUGUUACUGUUUCCUCCAGCAACUUCACAAGGUCCUUUGCUCUUGUUCUGGGAUUGAUUUGCACUUCUUGCACCAAAGUAUGUUCAUUUCUAGGAGACAGAACGCAUCUCCUUCCUGAGCGGUAUGACAGCUGUGUGGUCCCAUGGUGUUUAUACUUGCAUACUAUUGUUUAUACAGAUGAGCGAGGUACCUUCAGGCAUUUGGAAAUUGCUCCCAAGGAUGAACCAGACUUGUGGAAGUCUACAAUUCUUUUUUGUUCUGAGGUCUUGGCUGAUUUAUUUGGAUUUUUCCAUGAUGUCAGGCAAAGAGGCACUGAGUUUGAAGGUAGGCCUUGAAAUACAUCCACAGGUACACCUCCAAUUGACUCAAAUUAUGUCAAUUAGACUAUCAGAAGCUUCUAAAGCCAUGACAUCAUUUUCUGGAAUUUUCCAAGCUGUUUAAAGGCACAGUCAACUUAGCGUAUGUAAACUUCUGACCCACUGGAAUUGUGAUAUUAAUCUAUCUGUAAACAAUUGUUGUAAAAAUAACUUGUGUCAUGUAGAAGGUAGAUGUCCUAACCAACUUGCCAAAACUAUAGUUUGUUUACAAGAAAUAUGUGGAGUGGUUGAAAAACAAGUUUUAAUGACUCCAACCUAAGUGUCUGUAAACUUCCAACUUCAACUGUACUUUAUUUGUACUCGCUGAUUUUAUAACUGCACAUGUUUUAUUUUUAUAUAGACUCUUGCCAGGAUUUUGUACCUCACAGAGCUAGAGGACAACAACAAAUGUCCUAACAAAAUAAUGAAUUCAUAGUCAAAUGCAGAGAUGAGCCCUUUCACAGCUUCUCAUAAAAAUGUUAUCAACAUAAACAUUUAUAUAUUAAGGUUGAACCAACAGAUUACAUGUAACAAAAAUGAUAUACAAAAUGAUUAUGUGAAAUUGAAUGAAACAAUAAUGUAUGUUGAUGCUAAUAUGAUGUACAAUAUUCCAUUAUGUUUCUAUAUGAUAACAAUAGCAUAAUAUAUUUAAUAUGCCAUAUACUAUUUUUUAACAGUUUCAUUAAUUUUAAUUAACUUAACCAUUAUGACACACCCCUCACUAUUGUCAUUGGUUACACUAAUUGCACUGUUUGUCUACAUAACCUGGUUCAAGUAUUCAUGACAUUACCCUGAAGAAGGCACAGUGAUGCUGAAACGUUGGUAAAUAUCCAUUAAAUAAAGAUUAUACGA